CAAAUUUCCAAAUUAUCUAGAAGAGAAAGUAGACUUUGAGUAAUUUUCGUCAUUUGUGUUUUACAACUAAGAAAAAAGGCAAUAUAAUAACCAACCUUCAUCAGAAAAUAAGUUCAAGAAUGUCUCAACAUCCUGAUUAUUACCGGACUGUAUCCCUGAAACUGUCAGAGGUGCUCAAUGAUAUUGGUGUUAAUGAGAGAAUGAUUCUGAAGAGAAGGAUGGUCUUGUUGAUGGAAACUAUGUGGACUAGUACAUGGAAAUUACUGGGAAUGAACAUGUCCAUCUAUCAUUUUGGUAGCCGGUCUGAAGGGUCUACAACAUUAGGACUCCAAUCAGACACUGAUACACUAUUUUGCCUCAAUAAGUAUAAUGUAAUACAGGACUGGGCUGAGUGGCAACCUAGCAGGCGCAAUCUACUGAUGAUCCAGGAUGAGACCACAUCACCAGGUUACUGUUUACUACAAAAGCUAAGGGAUGAUGAGCAUCUUCCUACUGCUUUACUUGAUCGUUUACCAGACAGCAGAGGUAAAGUGCUGCUGAAGAACACAUCUUAUAGAGAUGCUCCUUUAGAAGGAAGGGUAAUAAAUGGUCCUGCUUCAUCGAUGGAAGGAAGUCAGGGUAUUGCUGAUCAAGAUUUUGUUCCAGCUUUCCACUGUAGAUCAUGGCCUGCAGAAGCCCGACCAUGGUUAUUACAACAAGGUAUAGGAAGAUGGCCUACAGAAGACAUGAAGAGAUAUUGUGAGACUAAAGGAUGUUUAACUGUACCAGUGAGCAGUAAAAAUAGCCAGCAUGAAGAACUUGAAUGGAGAAUAUCUACUUCACAUGCUGAAAGAUGUCUGAUGUUCAGUUUAAACAUCACACAAUUAAGAUGUUACAUUCUGAUGAAGAUGAUUCUUAAAGCAUUAAUAAAUCCACAGUGUGAUGGUGUACUUUCAAGUUUCAUGUGCAAAACUGUUUUAUUUCACUGUAUACAGAAUACACAUUCAAAUAACUGGAAGAAAUCCAAUUUACUUUCAUGUUUGAUGUGUUGUAUUACAGUAUUACAGAACUUUGUUAGGAACGAAAACUGUCCACAUUUUAUAAUAACUGAAAACAACCUGAUGGCUGGAAGAAUUUCUCCUCAUACCAAACAUAAAAUUCUUGAAAUCCUUAAAAUUAUCUUACAAGGGGAAGGCCGUGCACUGCUGGGGAUUUCCAUUGAUGACCUUGGCAUGAGACUGCAGGUGAAGAUGAACAUGGGUGAAGCUUUAUUGUAUCACCAAACACCAGCCAAAAUAUAUACCUUCAUUUCAGCAGAGCUGCUACUUAAUACUGCCAGUACAGUAAGUUUCAGUCACAAGUUCCUUCUAGGAGAAAUAAAGCAUGAUGGAAAUGCAAUAGUGCGUCAGGGAUUAUCAGACUAUAUGAUAACACUAACUAGAAUGUACAGAGAAAUGGGCUCUAGCAGUUUGGAAAAAUCUGCACUGAAGCUUUUAGCACCUCUAUUGUCCUCUUCAGUUGCAUCUGUGAUAGCAUCUCAUGACAUUUACACUACUCACAGUAUAUCCCCAGAAGCACUGACCUGGUUUUCAGCUGGUUUGAACUCCGAUGUGGCAUCUGGUAGACUGAAACUUGCAUCAGCAUUAUAUUGUGUAGGAGAUAUGGAAAGAGCAGAGUUUGUUCUGAAGAAUGUAGAGGAAAAGUAUGAUCUGAAUACUGUUGAAUCUGUAUGUGAAUGUAAUGAGAAUGUCUUUCAUUACCCAAGGCAAGGAUUCAGACAUAAAUGUAACACUGGAAAUGAAGAAGUGAUAAAACAUAACAUAGCAUUUUGUGUUAGAUUUCUGCGGUGUGAAAUUUGCUGUGUUCCUGAAGAGCUACAGUAUGAAAUGUUUAGGUCUACACAAGAGGACAGGCUUGAAAGGGAUGGAAUAUUUGACACUUGGAUGGACUUUGCAGUGGUAGAUUCUCUCCCUUACCUCUACUUCCUGCAGUACAAGAUUUACGGUGCUCUUCAGAGAGUGGUAGACCAACAAUGUGCACUUGCAAACCUUGUCACUACCAUUGAUACGGAAUCAAACCUAGAUCACACGGAAACAGCGUUGAACUUACUAGGACAGUGUAUGGAACGGGAAAACCAACAUAUUGAUGCUUUACGUUGCUACAUGAAAUCUCUAAAUUUCCGGGCAAGAAACAAUGCUGCAAAUUUUCUUAUAUGUAGACUUCUUUAUGUAUUAUUUACUGUAACGGAACCUGCACUGAACUGAACAAGGUACUGCGUGGAACAUCCAUAUCGACAUAAAAAUGCUGUGCCCUGCUAUUUUUGGACAUUUUUAAAGUCAAACUGGAAUUACUUCAUUGAGAAAGAAGUAAGUUAUUUGACCUGGUAUGUGAACUUGUCUAAUGUGCUUAAAAAAACAUGUUGCAAGAUUUGAAAUAAUAUCUGUAUUUUUUUUCGGACAUAAUAGAACAGGGACAAACUGAAGCCUUAAAGUAACAUAAUGAAUAUUAAUAAUAUCGUUCAUGAGAAAAAGUUGUUUGAAGUUUUCUAUCUUUGGCUCAGGCAUAGCCUACCCUUACAGGGGCCGAGCCAAACUACUUGAAUAAAUUUGAGAGAGGCCUAUCCAAGGAUGCUGCAGACCAAAUCAAAUGGUUUCUCAGAAGAAGCUGUUCAAAGUUUUUUGCCUAUUUUUAGCUCUGAUAACCACUAAAAGGGACCAAGUAGAACCAUUUGUUAAAACAUAAGUUGCUUAAAGUUUUGUUUGUUUUCAUUUUGUUAGCUCAUGCUCACUUUUAUCUAUAGCUUUACUCAUCUUUAUAUAUUUGUUAGGGACUAAUUUUCAUCCAUUUCACGGUUGUGUCAAUCAACAAUGUCGAAAUUAAAUCAUAAUGAACUAAUAAACUUCAUGUUUACUUUAUCUACAAAGCUGAAAUUUAUAAAUUUGGACAAAAUUACAAAAUUAAAUGAUUUCACAGUA